GGAUGUGCAGUCGAUAGCCGAGACUGCCGAUUGUGCGGAGAUUUGCUGUUCCACUCUGCUGAUUGCAUUUUUUUAUUUUUUUCCUUCUCCUCUCUCUCCUUUGAUGCGAGUGGUGUUACAGGGAGUUUUGAUGUGUUGUCUGUGUUACAAGUACACGCGUUGACAUCAUGGAUUUCAAUGUCAAGAAAUUAGCAUCGGAUGCCGGAGUCUUCUUCACAAGGGCUGUACAGUAUACAGAGGAGAAAUUGGGCCAGGCAGAGAAGACAGAAUUAGAUGCACAUUUUGAAAACCUCCUAACCAGAGCCGAUACAACCAAGAACUGGACUGAGAAGAUUUUUCGACAAACAGAAGUACUUCUGCAACCAAAUCCCAUAGAUCACACGGGCGCACGGAUUGAAGAGUUUUUGUAUGAGAAGUUAGACAGAAAGAUUCCUUCACGCAUCACCAAUGCAGAGCUUCUUGGACAGUAUAUGAUAGAUGCAGCAAAUGACUUUGGACCUGGAGCACCAUAUGGAAGCACUCUUAUAAAAGUUGGGGAAAGUGAGAAAAAACUUGGUGGAGUAGAACGUGAUUUCUUGCACUCUGCAUCUAUCAACUUCCUUACCCCUCUGAGAAACUUUCUAGAAGGGGACUGGAAAACCAUAUCUAAAGAAAGAAGAUUGUUGGAAAACCGCAGACUUGAUCUAGAUGCUUGCAAAGCUCGGUUAAAGAAGGCAAAGAUUGCAGAGGCCAAAGCGGCUUGUGAGGGAGAUGCUAUGCCUGAUUUUCAAGAGACUAGGCCUCGUAAUUAUGUUCUUUCUGCAAGUGCGUCAGCGCUCUGGAGUGAGGAAGUGGAUAAAGCAGAGCAGGAGCUGCGGGUUGCCCAGACUGAAUUUGAUCGACAGGCAGAGGUUACCCGGUUGCUUUUAGAGGGAAUCAGCAGCACACAUGUGAAUCACUUGCGCUGUUUACAUGAGUUUGUGGAAGCCCAAGCGACCUACUAUGCCCAGUGUCACCUGUACAUGCAAGAGCUUCAGAAACAACUUGGGAAUGCCAAUGGAGAAAUCUUUCCCAAUACUUUUCCACCUAAUACCAACUCUUCCACUCCAUUGGCUUCUGCUUCUUCAUCUGGUGCAGCCACAAUUCCAGUUGUUUCUACAGUGGUGGGAGCUUCAUCAAGUUCACUGGAAGCUGGUACACUUGGAAUUGAGAGUGUCCCAGCACCUGCCACAGGUACAAGAAAGGCAAAAGUGUUAUAUGACUAUGAAGCAGCAGAUACUAGUGAGCUUUCUCUGCUUGCUGAUGAGCUAAUCACAGUGUACACUGUACCUGGCAUGGAUCCUGACUGGCUGAUUGGGGAGAGAGGAAACCAGAAAGGAAAAGUCCCCGUCACCUAUCUGGAGCUGCUCAGCUAAAGGAAAUGAAGAAUUGAAAAAGCCAACACUUUUGGACCAAUACAAAUAAGAAUGGUCAUGAAAUGUAGGGUAAAAAUAGCUUUUCAGUUCUAACAUCCAUUCCAGCACUAUAUGGGCAUGGACCUCCUCAAACCAGCAGCUUCACUCUUGCACUCCUCUCUCUCGCUGUCUCUCUCUUUUCAUUUUGUUGUUUUUAACAUGAAUGCAGAUAGUAAGAACAGGGCCUUUUCACAGAUCUGUGUAUUAGAGAAUCAGCAAGGGUCUGUACCCACACACUUUUGCAGUACGCUAUAUAAAAUUUAAAAUUCUGUAAGUUACAUUUGAAGUGUCUGGCUGGAAUUUGAGAGGCAAGGGGCAAAAAAAAUCUCCAUUUGUCUGUGAUAAUGACUGUAAUCUGCAAUUCCCUAGGAAGCUUGGUGGCUUUUCCCAGCACCAUUUUUAAGGCAUGAAGUGGAAACAUUGAAUAUGUAUCACCUCGUUUUAGCGUAUUUUAGGAAAACGAUCUUAAACCGAUGAGUGCUUUACUUAAUGUUCUGAGAGUUGGCACUUUCAAAAAGAAGUACACGAUUUUGAUAAUCACCUUUUUGGGGAAGUUAAGUAGACCUGAAACCGAAGAAAGGUGUAAAAACAUUUAUACUCCGUUAUUCUAAAAUUUGAAGUGUAAUGUGUCAUGUGAGACUUUAGGCCUUUUAUAGUUUAAGUAUUUUUUUUUUUUAAUUUUGUUUGACAUUGACAUCCCACUUUCGUUACAAAAUAUAAUGGUAUGUGGGGGGAAAAAAAGCUGGUCAGUUGUGAGCCAUUGUGUAAUAAGAUGUCCCUUGUGUAUUACAUAUAGAUUUUUCAAAAAGAGGAUUUUCUAAAAUUAGUCUAUUGCAAUGAAUCAACUUACUGUGAGUAAUAAUUUGGUCAGUAUUUUUUUUUUUUUUAUACCGUUGUCUGGUACAAUAGUUUGUGGUGCACACAACUACCCACCUUCAUUUCUCACAAUUAAAAUAAUUCGAGCACCGUGUGAAUGCCCCGCUCAGUGUUUAGUGUGGAGGCCUCUUCUUACAUUUUGAGAAGUACAUUAGUUUUUAAUUUUACAUGUUUCUACUUUCGACCCAAAAAACCCUUUCAUAGUAUUUUGAAAUGUUUGUAUGUUCUUGUGUUUGCAUUGCUUGCAGCUGACUGUAUUCAAAAUUAUUUCAACGAUCCAGUUUAUUUUAAUUUAAAUAUUUACUGCUUUCCAAAACUUUGUACACAUUUGUGAUGAAAUCUGUCAUUUAUUGCAAAAUUCAAACGUUCUUCUCAUUCCUCUGUAUUGCACAAUUGGUAAUGGGUUUAUUUUCAACUUAAAGACUGCAAUGGAAAGGAAACCCGGCUUGGGAAAUUUUGUACACUGAGUCCAUUGCAAAUAACGGUGAACAAGAAAAACAAAACCUGUGGUUUAAAUACGGGACAAGCAUCUGUUCAUUUGCUACCGUUCUUUGUCCAAAAUGUACUACAUGAAUACGUUUUUUAAGGUUAAAUCUUUGGUUUAAUUGAAUUGUUAUGAUGUGAAUCUGGUUGAUGCUGACAUUUUUGUCAUUUAUUGUUGUUGUUAAUUUGAUUUAGGUUUCUGUUUCAUGCCAAGAUCGUUUGUGGGUUCUUCCACCAUGGUGUCUGAGGGACUUUUAUUGUGCAUACAAAUUAAUACAAUUUAGAAAAUACAAAUGUAUGAGAUGAAACAUUUUACCAGCUGAGCCCAAUAAAUGAAUAUUAGGAGCAAAACAUCCAAAAGGUCUAGCAAAAUCAUUGCUAUUUUGUCAGCCAAUGUUAAAGAUUAACAACCAUCAUCGGUACAAGGAUCGGAUGUUUAAAUACCACCGUUUUUCACAAAAUCAUUUUAUAAAUCACCCUCUCGACUUGCCACUACAGAGAUUUUUGUAGAUGUUGUGUGAUGCGUUUGGAUUUCUAGUAACUGCAGUACUGCCUCACCCACCACCAGAGUUGGUUCAAAAUAACACGAGAAACGUAUUGUAAAUAAACAGCGGCCGCCACAAUCUGCACAUGUUAAAUGACGCAGACCUCUAACUUGUGACUCACCUCGUCCGAGUAUGGCUUGUCUGGCUGCCACCCACUUCUUAGAAUCUGCAGUUGGCACCGAGUUAGAGGCCGAAUUGUUUUGAGAUUAAAUGCCAGAGAACAAAGAGGACUCUUAAAAGACGCUGACCAGAACAAAGGAUAGUGAGGAAAGAUUGCAAUAUUUUUGAAGAAUCUAAUGUUGUCUUUCAAAACACGGUGGUGUGUGCUUUUCAGACAUGAAUAGGCUAAAUGUGUGCCUGUCUUUGCCAACAGCUAACGGACUUCUGGUAUGGGAGGCUUUUAUCUAACUUGUUUUGUACAAAGUAAAACCCACACUUUGCGGAGAGCAUUAAAAUGAAGUCCAUCACUCCAGAGAAUGAAUACUAGCUGUAUAUGUUAACUGAACAAAAGGGCACAAAUGUAGUAAGAGACUGAGGGGCAUCAACAGGCACACUUUGCAAAAAUGAGAUGUGUUUAACAUAUUCUAUUCAGAUUCAAACAUUUUUGGUUGUAUGAUAUAAAAUAAUGAUGUUCUGCAUGUUUAUUCCAUCUGUUUUCAGGGAUCAUUUUUUCCAUGUCAGGUUUUUAGAGAUCAAGAGGCCUACCCCAGUGAGGCAGCCACCAGCAGUUCACCCAAACACCCAAACAGGACAUUCUGUGUCCCUGAAGUGCACUGCUGUGGUCUUCGACACACUCGUUUGGUUUUUAUUGUUGUCUUCAUGUAUGUCAGGGUUUGCAUACAUACACACAUUUAUUUCUCUAUCAGAAAAGAUUGUUUAAAAACUUGAAGAAGGAUCUGCCAGGCCUUUGAGUGGCAACUGGCUGGAGUUGUAAUUGGGACUGAUGUGCGUAUGUGAGUGCUGUGAGUUUUGAAUGGAAGCGUUUCAAAGUAGAAAGGCCUGGAUUUCAAAUUAAAGCCAUAUAUGUCUGAUGAAUCGGCACUGUACACUUUUGUUCAGCUUUUUAUGUGUUCUUUAAGAUGUCAUAUUACAUUUAAAACUAGAACAUUAAAAAUCACAAACCCAUAUGUGAAAUCUCCUGUGUGGUAAGUGCGUUUGAUACAAAGCGGUGUUUUACUACAGAAUUAGUGGCAAUGCAAAAAAGGUGGCAUCAACCUUCAUGAAAACUAGCAUGCGCUUCAUUAAAAUUUACUUAACGAGUUUCCUGAACGUGUCACCUGUUUCUUUGAUAUCGAGUCCAACCCCAGAUAUUUAGCGAUUUCAUGUUUGCAUCUAUUUGAAGAAAAACCACAAAGGUCAGUUUUGUUGAGAAAAGGAGACGCUCUGCUGAUGAGAUGUGCUUUUCUCACGUUUCUCUUAAAACACACACAACAUUUGAAACUUGAAGGAUGAAAACUUGAAGGAAAACGAUUCUUUUACACUUGCGUUACGAUGACUCUGCUUCUGUGUGCAUUUUGUUUUCUCCGUUUCUCUUUGGUUUUCUUUGAUUCACGGAGCUCUUUCAUGUUAAGAGUGUAUUUAUUGCCUGUACCUGCAUAUUGACUGCAUAGCAAAUGGAUAAUUAUCAAUAAAGAUCAAAGGUAACCUUUAA